UUACGUCAUAUGUGAGCGACGGAAGCGUGAACAUAAGAGCACACCAUCACGACCUUCUGACAGGGAAACCAAAUAUGCGAGAAGCUGAAAUUAUAACAGCAGUGCACUUGACUUAGUAUUUAUUUUAAUUAGCCCGCGUCAUGUUUCGUGCUACGUUAGCGAUAUGUGGAAGAACGGUGGCUAAAAGGUUCAUCUCAUCUGUCUCUGGAGAAAGCGCACUUCCAUCAAAUUUGCGACUCCCACCAAAUCUCAUUGGAGUCGCGCCACAAAAGAGGGCUUCUCCAUCCGGCUCUGAUCUUCCAGUGCUGCGCAGGUGCGAGGCUGAUAUCCCAGCUCACCUGACACUCGCUCAGACGUGGCUUGAGUCUUUGGGAAGUCGUGACAGUGAACCCCUUGGUGUGGUUGACCUGCACCCUGAUGUCUUCUCAGUACCUCUUAGGCUGGACAUUCUUCAUGCUGUAGAGGUCUGGCAACGUAAUUUCAAACGAAUAAGCCAUGCAAAAGUCAAAUCAAGAGCUGAAGUCAGCGGUGGAGGCAGGAAGCCAUGGAAUCAAAAAGGAAGUGGCCGGGCACGACAUGGAAGCAUUCGUUCUCCACUGUGGAGAGGAGGAGGAGUAGCUCAUGGUCCACGGGGACCAAGCAGCUAUUAUUACAUGUUGCCCAUGAAGGUGCGAGUGCAAGGGCUGAAAAUCGCCUUAACGGCCAAGCUGGCUCAGGAUUAUCUUCAUAUUGUGGACUCACUGGAGAUUCCCACUCCAGACCCCCACUACCUGCUGGACCUGGUCAAACACAGGCAGUGGGGGGAUUCAGUCCUCAUCGUUGACGUAGGUGAUGAAUUCCCUCAGAACAUUCUUAAGGCGACUGAAGAUAUGAAAACAGUGAAUAUCAUUCCAGCUAUAGGUCUGAACGUCCACAGCAUGUUGAAACAUGAGAGUCUGGUUCUCACUCUGGAGGCUGUAAAAUUUCUUGAAAAGAAGCUUCUGUGGCACGAUGUGCGUUACGCUCCCCUGUAUCCCUUCAAACUCCCAUACAGUGACCUACCAUGAACACAGCACACACUUCAAAGUAUUAAAAUGUUU